AUGGGCCACCAGAGGCCAUGGCCACAGGCUUGUUUCCUCUGGGCUGCUGUAGUCAGCCUGCUGCUCCCUCCUGCUGUGACCCAGCAGCUGAGAGGGGCUGGGCCGAGCCCCAGCGACUGGAACGGCAAUGCAGACAUCCCCAGGUCCUCGGAGGACAUGGUGACUGAGCACAGCCACGGAGGCCCUGGGCAGGACGAUGAGGAUGUGUCCAUGGAGGGUGGGCGGCAUCUCCGGAGCUACCAAGACCACAGACGGGCGGAUGGAGGAGAUGGCUUUGGGAAUCCCAGCCACACGGCUAGAGAUGGGAGUGUCUCUGAGGGACAUGCUGGGAAGGUCCACGGGCCCAGAGGCUAUGGCCAUGAAGGUGUGGAAGACUUGACCGAGCAUGGGAACCACGUCCUGGGCCACAGGAGCCAUGGCCACGUGGACGAGGAUGAUGUUGUCUCCAGCGAGCGUCCCCAUCACAGACACGCACACCCAGGCCACGGACGGGAUGAAGGUGAUGAAGAAGAGGUGGAGGAGGAUGUCUCCCCUGACCACAGGCACCCAGGCCACGACAAGGAAGAGGGAGAGCAUGAGGGUAUCUCAGAUGCCCACCACCACACUCCUGGCCACAGGCACCGGGGCCAGGAGGAAGAUGAUGAUGAUGAUGAUGACUCCAUUGAGAACGGGCAUCGGGCCCACAGGCACCGAGGCCAUGAGGAAGAUGAUGAUGACGAUGAUGAUGAUGACUCCAUUGAGAACGGGCAUCGGGCCCACAGGCACCGAGGCCAUGAGGAAGAUGAUGAUGACGAUGAUGAUGAUGACUCCAUUGAGAACGGGCAUCGGACCCACGGGCACCGGGGCCAGGAGGAAGAUGAUGAUGAUGAUGACUCCAUUGAGAACGGGCAUCGGACCCACAGGCACCGGGGCCAUGAGGAAGAUGAUGAUGAUGAUGACUCCAUUGAGAAGGGGCAUCGGGCCCACAGGCACCGAGGCCAUGAGGAAGAUGAUGAUGACGAUGAUGAUGAUGACUCCAUUGAGAACGGGCAUUGGACCCACGGCCACCAGGGCCAGGAGGAAGAUGAUGAUGAGGAUGAAGAUGAGGGCAUGUCUGAUCAACACCAUCAUCAUGUCCCUGACCACGGGCACCGAGGCCACAGAGAUGAGGAAGAUGAAGAAGAGGAUGUGUCCACUGCACAUUGGCAUCAGGUGCCCAUACACGCCCACCACCACGGCAUUGGAGAUGAGAAGGAAGAGGAGGAGGACAGGGAAGAGGUCACGGCCAAAUCUGGCCACCAUGUGACCAGCCAUCCACCCCAGAGUCAAGGGAGCCAGGAGGGGGAUGGCCCUGAUGGAGUCGCUGGCCACCACCACCACAGAGAGGAAGACGUGGACACAUCGGCGGAGCUUGGCCACCAAGUGCCGCAAGGCCACCUGCAUGACACUGACCAGGAUCUCAGAGGAUCCCACAAAGAGGAGGUUGGCCACCAGCCCCAAGGGCACUCCAAAGGAAGGGACAGAAGUCAUGUGAGGAGGGGUGGCUCUGAAGAGGAAGAGGAGGAGGAAGGUGCCCACCUCCAGGGUGUGGGAGAGGAGGAAGGAGAAGAGGAAGGCCACGGUCUCAGCCUGAGCCAGGAAGAGCAGGAGGGGAAGAUGGAGGUGGAGGAAGAGGAGAGGAAAGAAAGGGCCAAGUUUCAGGCCCCGCUAAGGCGAGACCACAGGGAGGAAGAGGAGGAGGAAGAGGAGGAGGAAGAGGAACUGCCCUUCAGCAUCAUCCCCAACCCCCUGGCCGGGAGGGAGGAGGCUGAAGGUGCAUCCAGCGAGGAGAGUGGUGAAGACACAGGCCCGCAGGAUGCCGAGCAGGACAGCAACUACCAGCCAGGCUCCCUGUGCAGCUACUGCACCUUCUGUGACCGAUGUACCGAGUGUGAGAAGUGUCACUGUGACGAGGAGCACAUGAACGAGCACUGUGACCAGUGCCAGCACUGCCAGUUCUGCUACCUCUGUCCGCUGGUCUGUGAAACCAUCUGCAAGCCAGGAAGCUACGUAGACUACUUCUCCUCGUCCCUGUACCAGGCCCUGGCUGACAUGCUGGAAGCUCCCGAGCCCUGAGCCAGACCGGCCACGCAGACGCACCCCUGAAUCCCUUCAGCUCCCUCUCACGAGCCAUAUUUAUUGCUCUGAAUAAAUGUGCUCCCCGAA